GUCAUGAUCAUCGCCGCCUCGUCCACCACGACAAUGCACACCACAUGGACCUCUAUCUCAUCCGCCACGGCGAGACAGUGGAUAACGUAGCCGGACUAUACGCCGGCGUCACAGAUUCCGCCCUCACAAACCAUGGCGUAGACCAAAUCAAGCGGCUAGGCGAGCACUUCGCCAGCAACAAAGUUGUGUUCACUCACAUCUUUGCUUCGCCAUUGUCCCGAGCCUUCAAGACUGCACAAGCAAUUCAGUCUGCUCAGCCAUCCUCCGAGAUGCCAGUCGAAAUCACGAAAGUGCAGAAUUUGAUUGAGCAGAAUUUUGGCUUCUACGAAAGGAAGACCUUUCAGGCUCGUACCGAUGCUAGGAAGACUGGAAGAGAAGCACAUCGGGAACGUCAUCUCAAUGACCCAGGGUUCGUUGAUGUGGAGAGCAAAGAGGCCAUGGCCAAGCGGGCAGAUGAUUUUCUGGACCAGCAUCUCCUCCCUCUGCUCGGCAAACCUCCUGAACAGAAGCUUGUGGUAGCAGUUGUGUCUCAUGGCAUGCUGCUAUCCCAACUCUGGAAGCGGUUGCUGCUGAAGUUACCACCGAAGAGCGUGACAAUCGCUCCCGAGGUGACGGCUGUCAAAGGUCAGAUAAUUCUUCAGCAUUUGGGUGGUUGGUCCAAUACAGGCUAUCUCGAGCUGGCUCUGAGCAAGACUGAAGCUCCAGAGCCUGCCAAUGACGACAGUGCAAUUGCGGAGGCUGUUGUUGGAGUGUCCACAGCCGAAUCUGAUGAAGCAAGCCUCUCCUCUAAAGAUACUGCUGUCGAACAGCCGCCCCGGCUAGCUUCAGGCAUUGCGCAGCACAAGCUGCUCGUCAUCUCGAUCGACCGGAAGGACCAUCUAAUUGGCCUGAAGCGGCAGAGAGGUGGCAUUGGUCGAUCGAAACAUGAUGAAGGACAGCAGAAGCUGGAUGGCUUUUUCAAACGUCAAAGAACCAGCUGACAGGUGGAAUAUUCCUGUCAAUUUGACCGGGUACUCAAGUCCCAUACUCAAGCAUGGCAGCAGGAUCUCAAGAUCUACGUGUCCACCGUCGACAGGCCGACGUACGGGAGCGCAAUCUCCAGCUUGCCCUGGUCCACGUCAGUCCAGUGCCAGGCACUCUGCAACUCGUGUGCCCUUGGGUGAUUCAGGCGGACACACGGGCCCGUGGUGGUUUGCGAUGAGCAAAGAUCGACCACUCAGUGGUUAUAUUGCAGUGGAGAUGCAUCGUCCUGCCCUGAUCUUGCCAUCAGUGCCUUGUGCAACAAGGCCAGCAGCAUGAUUACCAGCGCUACCGCGAAGUAAGGCUCAAAGCGCAUGCCACUGCUGCCACUG